AUGAGUCGCAAAGAAAUCCUCGUCAUCGGCGGUACAGGUGCCCAGGGAUUUCCCGUCGUCAAAGCUAUCUCCGCAAGCACAUCUUUCUCCGCUCGCGUCCUGACUCGCGACCCCACCUCAGCUCGCGCCCAAGAACUCGCUUCCCUCCCGCACGUGUCCCUAAUCAAAGGGACUCAGGAUUCUCAAAAGGAUCUGCACGCCGCUUUCCACGGAGUCUACGGCGCAUGGGUCAACACUGAUGGCUUCACACUGGGCGAGAAAAACGAGAUGUUCUACGGAAUUCGCGCAUACGAAAUCGCGCGCAGUGAAGGCGUAAAGCAUUACGUGUACGCUGCCACGGAUUAUGCGGUAAGGGAUGCGGGAUGGGAUGAGCAGUAUCAUUGGGGCCAUAAUGAUGCAAAAGGGAGAGUCGGGGAAUUUAUCUUGGCGAUGGCGAAGAGAGAUGAGGAGGAGAGAAAGGAAGGGAUGUUAACUUCGUUGAUUACGACGGGGCCGUAUGCAGAUAUGUUGAUGGAUGGAAUGUUUCUACCGCAAGAGCGGGAAGAUGGGGUAUGGGUUUGGAGGAAUCCUGCUAAAUCCGGCAAAAUUCCCCUGAUCGCCCUCUCAGACAUGGGUCACUACAGUCUCUGGCUCUUUGAGCAUCCCACUGAGUCAUCCGCUCUCGAUCUCCGCGUCGAAACCGCCUACGUUUCCUUCGCAGAGAUUGCGGAAACAUUCACUCGCGUAACGGGCAAACCCGCUAUCCAUGAAUACAUUCCACUGGAAGAAUAUCUCACUCACGCGGAGCCGUACCCAAAUGCACCUGCAAACUUUGUUGCCGGCCCAAAUGUAGUAAGAGACGAGGCUAGUAUGACUUGGAAGGAAAAUUUCUCCGCCUGGUGGCGGUUUUGGGGCGAGGGGAAGUCUGUGCCGAGAGAUGAGGAGCUGUUGGAUAGAGUGCUGCCGGGUAGAAUCAGGGGCUUGGAAGAGUGGAUGAGGGAGAUGAAAUAUGAUGGGCAGAGAAAGAAUGUUCUGAAGGGAGUGGAGGACCUCAAGAAGAAGAAUUCGCUUAACGUGGUUUAUCACUAA